CGUUGGAGCGCGCGGGACCCCGGGAGAUAAGUCGGGGCAGCGGAGAAGCUGGAGCGCGGGAGUUGGAGUGGCGCAGCCAUGGUGGGCCAGCUGAGCGAGGGGGCCAUAGCGGCCAUAAUGCAGCAGGGAGAUACAUCUAUAAAACCCAUUCUCCAAGUCAUUAACAUUCGCCCUAUUACCACAGGGAAUAGCCCACCUCGUUACCGACUACUUAUGAGUGAUGGAGUGAACACUUUAUCCUCUUUCAUGUUAGCAACACAGUUGAACGCUCUUGUUGAAGAAGAAAAAUUGUCUAGCAACUGUAUCUGCCAGAUUAACCGAUUUAUUGUUAACACUCUGAAAGAUGGGAGGAGAGUAGUUAUUUUGAUGGAAUUAGAUGUUUUAAAAUCAGCUGAAGCAGUUGGAUUAAAGAUUGGCAAUCCAGUCCCUUAUAAUGAAGGACAUGGGCAGCAGCAGGUAGUUCCUUCUCCAGUUCCAGCAGCCAAUCCACCAACCAGCAGGCCCCAGCAACAGAAUGGGAGCUCAGGAAUGGGUUCCCCUGUAUCUAAUCCUUAUGGUGCCUCAAAGAUAUUUGGAAAAUCUGGAGGUAUCAGCCUAAUGAACACUUCUGGGGGCUCACAGUCCAAAGUGGUGCCCAUUGCCAGCCUCACCCCUUACCAAUCCAAAUGGACUAUCUGUGCACGUGUUACCAACAAAAGUCAGAUCCGUACCUGGAGCAAUUCCCGAGGAGAAGGGAAGCUUUUCUCUAUAGAAUUAGUUGAUGAAAGUGGUGAAAUCCGAGCUACUGCUUUCAAUGAACAGGUGGACAAGUUCUUUCCCCUUCUCGAUGUGAACAAGGUCUACUAUUUCUCUAAAGGAACCCUGAAAAUUGCCAACAAACAAUUCUCAGCUGUUAAAAAUGACUAUGAGAUGACCUUCAAUAAUGAGACUUCUGUCAUGCCCUGUGAAGAUGGCCAUCAUUUACCUACAGUUAAGUUUGAUUUCACAGGGAUUGGAGACCUAGAGAGCAAGCCUAAAGACUCACUUGUUGACAUAAUUGGGGUCUGCAAGAACUAUGAAGAUGCCACUAAAAUCACAGUAAAAUCUAACAACAGAGAAGUCUCUAAGAGAAAUAUCUAUUUGAUGGACAUGUCGGGGAAAGUGGUGACUGCUACUCUGUGGGGAGAAGAUGCUGAUAAAUUUGAUGGUUCUAGACAACCUGUGAUGGCUAUCAAAGGAGCCAGAGUUUCUGAUUUUGGUGGACGGAGCCUCUCUGUACUGUCUUCAAGCACAGUCAUUGCGAAUCCUGAUAUCCCAGAGGCCUAUAAGCUUCGUGGAUGGUUUGACUCAGAGGGGCAAGCCUUAGAUGGAAUUUCCAUCUCUGAUAUGAAGAGUGGAGGGAUAGGAGGGAGCAACACCAACUGGAAGACUUUAUAUGAGGUUAAAUCAGAGAACCUGGGUCAAGGAGACAAGGCAGACUACUUUAGCACUGUGGCCACAGUGGUGUAUCUUCGCAAAGAGAACUCUAUGUACCAGGCCUGCCCAACUCAGGACUGCAAUAAGAAAGUGAUUGAUCAACAGAAUGGAUUGUACCGCUGUGAGAAGUGUGACAGUGAAUUCCCCAACUUCAAGUACCGCAUGAUCCUAUCAGUAAAUAUUGCUGAUUUUCACGAGAAUCAAUGGGUCACUUGUUUCCAGGAGUCCGCAGAGGCUAUCCUUGGACAAAGUGCUGCUUACCUUGGAGAGUUAAAAGAGAAGAAUGAACAAGCACUUGAUGAAAUUUUCCACAAUGCCAACUUCCGUACGUUCACUUUCAGGAUCAGGGUCAAACUAGAGACCUACAAUGAUGAAUCUCGAAUUAAGGCCAAUGUUAUGGAUGUGAAGCCCGUGGACUAUAGAGAAUAUGGCAGAAGGCUGAUCAUGAACAUCAGGAAAAAUGCAGCAAUGUGAGAAGAGCAAUACUGAUCGCACAGAAGUUUUGAAAAUAAAGAGCUGAAACGAAACUGA